AUGAACAACCGCCGUCCUCGCCACCCCCCAGUCCCAAAAACCACGGCCGUCCGCCCUGGGGCAGCCGUAAACAUCGUCCUCAAGGCAGACCAGCCCACCGGCCGCACCGUAUCAGGCAUUGUGCGCGAUGUACUGACUCGCGGCGACCACCCGCGCGGCAUCAAGGUGCGGCUGGCAGAUGGCCGCGUCGGAAGGGUGCAGAGCAUGGCCUCGGCUGGAUCAUCUUCGGGCCCAUCCGGUGGGGAGACUGUUGAAGGUUUUAAUGCGUCUGGCUCCAGAGGGGGGAUGUCGGAGCGGAGGGGAAGGAGGCGACGACAGGGAGGGUUUGAAGAAGGCGGUGAAGAUGAGAGCCUACCUACGCAACAGGUUGGGCUGGAUGCGUACGUCAAGCAGGCAAAACCAAAACGUAGGAAGGGCAAGGGAGUUUCACAGAUGACUGCGUCAGACGAGGAGGAGGGACAAGAUGCGUCUCCUCCUUCUGCACUGGAGACGGUCACCUGUCCUGUAUGUGGGGCUUUUGAGGGCGACGCGGCUGCUGUUUCGCACCAUGUCGCCACCCACUUUGACUCUGCUGAUUGA